AUGCCUCCUCUCCCAGCCGCGCGUACCUUCACUCUCUCUCCCGGUCGUCUCGGAGGAGCAGCCAUCGGCGUUUCCUGCGCCGUCGGCAGCGUCCCCCUACUAUGCCUCAUCCCAGGCGUCGAAGAGCGCCUCGCAGCCCAAGCAGCAGUCUGGGGUCCGAGAUGGAGUCGUGGUUUCGCGGCCGUGACGCCGCAUGUUUCGAGGCAGGCGGAGAGGGUCGAGCCGGGGAUUAAGAGAGGGGUGGAGAAGGUGGAGCCGCCGCUUAAGAGGGCUGCGAUUGCCGUCGACCGCAACAUCAAGAAAGUCAUUCCCGAGAAGAAGGAAUAG